GGUCGUAACGAUGGGCAAGAAAAAACCAAUCCCGGAGGAAGACUUGAUCAUACCGCCGCAGGAUACGCGCAUCUGCGGCGUUAUCUGCGUUUGUCAGCUGACGUUCGUGCUGAGCACGGUCGCGAUCGUCUAUCUGACCGUCGCCAUCUAUAUGCCGUCGUCGCGCGCGUUCAAGAGCGGCAUCGAUGAGACGCCGGUCAUGUGCACAACGACCCGAGCCCUCAACCAGGAUGCGUGCGAAUGGGGCUCGUGCGGUGAGUGGUGCCUCAGCAAAACGUCCGGCGCGUGCAUCCAGAUCUACGUGCACCUGCGCAUGAACGGCAGCAGCUUACUGUUUACGAACUGUACCAAUUCGGCGAACAAAACAUGCUACGGUAUCGAUCAGGAGAAUGCGAAAAAGUCACGCUGCAUUGCGGACGAGUGCAAGAAUCUGACCGGUACGUUCAACUGCAGCACCGGAAUGUGCAUCAACAUUACCGAUGCGUUCGAGUGCGUGUUCAAGAACACGGAUCCACCGCUCAAGUGUUCCGGACGGCGGGGCAAGAUCACCUGCAUCGACAUAACCGGGCUCUUCUCGUGCAACCGGGGAACAUGUCGAAAGAUAAGAACUCCAUAUAAUUGCGAUCGUCGUUGCGUCGAUAUACCGACCAGAAACAAGAACAUGAUCUUAUUAAGUGGAGAUAAAGUUUAUCUUUCGCAAUGUUCGAGCGCUAUAGACAUGGAAACGAAGCAGGAGGUGUGGAACGAGGCGGAGGACAAGGUGAUCAUGUCGUCGUGCUACAACAUCCAGAACACGUCGCUCGGCAUCGAGGCAAUCGAUUGCGUCAAUGGGUCGGUGCUGGAGAAAACCGAGCUAACCGAUCUGACCAACUUCACCUAUCUGAGCUACCUGCACUACGCCGUUUCGAAACCGAUCAAGGUGAUUGCACCGCAGGAGCAAGAUCUCACGCUAUCGAACGAAAGCCGGCUGAUGAUCAAUCUCGAAGGAUGCGUCAACACGUUGCAGGACGAGUGCAAGGAGUUUCUGAAGGAGUUCGGCAAGGAUGGGACCGAUCAUAAUGCUCGGGCACGGUUCCCGUGCUACUACUCCAAGAGCAAGAUGCAGCAGGUGGUGGCACGGUUCAGUUUGGAAACGACCUACCGCCAGUUUGUCGUUGGCUUCUUCGUGCCGACGAUACUGUUUGCCGUCUCCUGUCUGACGCUGAUCUUCUGCCAGCGCACCAUACACGUCGGGGAUGAUGCGAAGAUGCGCUUCGUUGGUUGUGCUAAUAAGAACCCGGUUGUGGCCAACGGGGGCGCCAAGAAUCAAGACAAAGCCAACUCCGGUGACGGCGGUGGAGGUGGAGACUCCGUUAUGGCUCUCUGAGAUCCAUCACGCAUUCCUCUCCUGCAAGAAGAUAGUCCAGUUCAUCAAUCGGGUGUGUUUUCUCUACACUAAACCGUUUCCGGCCAGAGUGAUAAUCGGUAUUCUUCAGUCUAUCGUCUCCCUCCCCUGCCUGAGAGCCUAAUUAUGUCUACGAUCCCGUUGUUAUACGUACACGAGUUCUUUCCGUAACGAUCU